AUGGCCGAGGACUUGACUCCUCAGGUCCUCAGCCUUUUAGCUUCGAGCGACGGCCCUGUGCUCACAUCGGGAGCGUUCCCCAAUGCCCCUUACGUCUCUAUCAAGUCGGCGCUCGACAAAUUAAAAUCUCGAGACUACAUUCAAGCGGAGCAACUUGACCGGCUGGAAUUAGUCCUCACCAAAGAAGGACAGGAUAUCGCCGACCACGGAAGCAAUGGCGCCAGGGUCUUCGAGGCAGUGCGGGCGUCUCUCGAGGGAUUGAAACUCAAGGAUCUGCCCGCGGCCGUUGGCGACGCCAAUGUCGCCAAAUUCGGGUCAGGAGAUGCCUUCCGGCAGAAAUGGGUGAAGAAAGAUGGAGACACUCUCAAGGCCAGCGUGGAUCAGAUCCAAGACGAGAUCCAGCAACAAUUACGAGAGAUCCAAGCCACCCACAAACUCGACAAUCCCAAGGUUGUGGCAGAUUUCAAGAAGAGGAAAUAUGUGGUGGAACAGAAAACAAUUGCCUUCAAGGUCACCAAAGGGCCGAAUUUUUCCACGGAGUUCGUGAAGGAGGAAGCAGAUCUGACGGCGGAAAUGUUGGCUUCGGGGGCCUGGAAGACCGCGCAGUUGAAGCCGUACAACUUCAAGGCCAAAGGCACCCCUGCAGCUGCUGGCGCCCUCCACCCACUUAACAAAGUGCGGCAAGAGUUCCGGGAGAUUUUCUUCGAGAUGGGCUUCGAAGAGAUGCCGACGAAUCGAUACGUCGAGACUGGCUUCUGGAAUUUCGAUGCGCUCUUCGUCCCGCAACAACAUCCCGCCCGCGACCUGCAAGAUACCUUCUACAUCUCGGAUCCUGCAAAAGCCGAUCCUCCGCGCGAAGAUCCCGCGCCUACCGCCCCCGGAGCCCAACAGACGACACUGGCGGCAGACGACCAGAAACCAGAAAAGAAGCCAGACUACAAGCAGUACUGGGACGACGUGCGGGCUGUGCACGAAACCGGCAAGUUCGGUUCGAUAGGCUACAGAUAUCCCUGGUCGGCAGACGAGUCUCUACGCCUGGUUCUCCGGACGCACACCACUGCCAUUUCGACGUACAUGCUCCACAAGCUCGCCCAGAAUCCUCGACCGGCCAGAUAUUUCUCGAUCGACCGUGUCUUCCGAAACGAAAGCGUCGACCAGACCCAUCUCGCCGAGUUCCACCAGGUCGAAGGUGUGAUUGCCGACUGGGGCCUCACACUGGGUGGACUGAUUGGAUUCAUGGAAGUUUUCUUCGGCAAGAUGGGGAUCAAGAACCUGAGGUUCAAGCCUGCAUACAAUCCGUACACCGAGCCCAGCAUGGAGAUUUUCAGCUACCACGAGGGCCUGAAGAAGUGGGUCGAAAUCGGAAACAGCGGUAUGUUCCGACCUGAAAUGCUCGAGCCCAUGGGGUUGCCCAAGGAUAUGCGAAUUUACGGAUGGGGGUUGAGUCUGGAACGACCGACGAUGAUCAAAUAUGGCGUGAACAACAUCCGUGAGCUGCUCGGUCACAAAGUCGACCUCAACUUCAUCAAACAGAACCCCGCCGUCAGACUGGACAAAGACUAG